AUGGGCGAUUCAUUUUUUGGUUUUAAUACCAAUUUACCGCCUUUGAGUGAGGACGAAUUCCUUGCUCUAAAGAAACAAGGCAAGAAUAGCAACAACAGAAACGAUCAGAGCCAAAACUAUGAUCACAUCGAUGCUGACGUGUACGAUUUCGCAACUUUGCGUCAAGAACUCGGUGUAAAUGAACAUGACGACUUUCAAGACGAAGAGGAGGAUGGUUUGGGUGAUCAGCUUAUCGAAGAAGGCGACGAUGUGAAUGAUUUGACUUUUGGAGAUGCUCCUGUUGGCAAGGAUUUCGAUUUCUCUGGAAACACACAGCGUUUUUCCAAUGGUAUUUCAGAGGAGGAAGCUUUCUAUGCUAAGCGUAAGGCUUACGAGGAUCAACAAGCUAAUCAAGGUGGAUUCCGUAACCCUUGGGCUGCUACCCCAAGUCGUCAACCUGUUUCAUCUUCUGGUAUUGGCAGAAAUUUUGGGGAGGCUUCACCUAUGGCUCCCUCAAAGAGCAUUUGGGGCAACUUUAGCAGCGGCCUAUCUCCAGCCGACAAUGCGGGUUUUUCAUCCUUGACAGGUAGUCAAAAUGGCUUGUCUCCUUUUGCCAACGCUAGCAGACGUCCUCAACAGCAGCAGCAGCAGCCUCAAUUUGUUGGUGGCAUGUCUCCCACGACCUCGGCUGGAUUCCGGCAACAACAGCUUCAUCAUCAUCAGCAGCAACAACAGCAACGUCGCCCUGUUACUUUGGAAGACAUUGAGGCUGAUAUGCGUCAACAAGCUGCUAAUCGCUACCGCAACGAAUCUCCCAUGAACAAUGGAAAGGGACUGAAUUUGGCAGAACUGGAAGCUACUUUGCAACAACAACAGCAUCAGCACCAGCAACAGCAACAACAUCAGGUGCAACCUCAGGGACAACCUCAAGGAGAGCACGGUAUUCCUCCCUUUGGAUUUGCUCCAUCUGACCCUAUGCAAAUCUUGGCAUUGAAACAACAACAAGAAUUGAAGGAGCAGCAAUUGUCCAUGGCCCGAGAAAUGAAGCGUAGAGAGCAUCAUCGCAAGUCUCAAUACGAUGGUCUUAUGACUGAUCAAGACAAGAUGUAUGUUAAUCGUAUUCAACUGUCUCAAUUGGCCUCUGGAGAUCCUUAUGCGGAUGAUUUCUACUAUCAAGUCUACUCGUCUCUCCGUCAACGUGCUGGUCUGCCUUUGCAGUCAUCUCUCCCUCAAAAUGCUGCCAACAACACUACUGAAAGUGGCCGCAGUGGUCGUCGUCGUGAAGAGAAUACCAUGCAGCGUAUGCACCAGCAAUUGCAACGUAUCGUCAAUGAUGCCAAGCGUCGUCCCAAGCAGACCCAAGUUUCGUUGGAAGGUGCAUUGGGUAAGAUUACUUCUUUGACUGUUCGCAAUCCUCGUCAAGUUUUGCAAGUGCCUAGCAGCAACAAUUCGGAAUCCACUGCUGCUGCUGCUACUUCUUCAACUGCUACUGCUGGAUCUCCUGAAACUGCUAGCAAGCCUGUCUCUGUCAAACCAUCUGCUGCCGUCGACAAGCGUCAUGUGCUCAAGAUCACAGAAGACAUGUACACAAUUGUUUUGGAAUUGGAGCAAAUGCGUCGUCAAGGGCCACCUCAAGCUCGUCAUGAAGAUGAACAGGAUGAGAAGGAUCGUAUUGAAGCUUUCAAUGAAAAGUAUGCAGCCAAGGUAGAGAAGCUUUGGAAGACGUUGCGUCUCACAGAGACUUCUGAAACACCCUUCUUGGUGUCUCUGCUCUCUAUUGCCAAGGGCAAGAAGCUUAUACCUCGCAUCGUACGUCAAUUGAACCAUGAUCAAAACCUGACCUUGUUGACCGUCUUUAUUGGUAACUUCUCUCGUCUUCAAGUAUGUCGCCAUGUCAUCUAUCCUGGUACAGCUGUUGCGAAUGUGGAUGAAGCCAAGAAACAGCAAUUUGUCAAUUUUGAAGAUGUGGAGCUCUUUAUGAACGCGACUGCGCCUCCUCUUUUGGCCUUUAUUGCUGAGGCACCUUUGCGCAUUGUUGAUGGCUUACUUCACUUGUUGUUGGACAAGAAUGACAUUUUGGCCGUUGCUCAAACAAAGCCUGGAUUAGCUUUCUUGACCAUGCUCUUGUCUCGUGCAGAAAUCUUGAAGCAAGGUGGUGGAUCCUUACAAGGAUUAGCUCCUCCUACUCCUGAAGAAAUGAAUCGCUGGCAAGAACUCUAUGGUAACCUCUUUAAUACACUCAAGGGUCGUUACCUCACUAUAUUCCCAUCUUUGUACUAUUUGGUCCCUCACAACCCCAAUACACCCAUGAUGCAAUUAUCACUUGCCGUGGAUGACAUGUACGUAUGGCAGUUUUUGGCUGCUAUGGCUGUAGGCGCAUCCAUGGAUCAACAACACAUUUUGGUCACUGAAGUCAGGGACCGUGUCAUGGACAAUAUUGUACUCGCAAAGAGAAAUAGACUUCCUCUUGAUCAAGCCAGCCAUCGUAUUUCCAAUGUCAACUUGUUUUUGCAUGCUUUAGGUCUCGAUGCAUCCCAAGUGUCUGUUCCUCUGUAA